CGGAUGUCGUCUCGGAAUCAUUCUACUAUGUCGUUAAGUGUAUAAUACUUCUCCGAACGUCUCUUGCCUUGGCCCUUUCCCUUUUUUCCUGUUUCGAAGACAUUGUUUGCCAGCGUGAUGGAUCAAGUCCGGUGUCACGAUAAUUCUUUCCUUCCCCCAGUUUUCCUUUUCCAUUACUUUGACUGUUUUCCUUUCGAGAGUACAUUGUUAUACUUUACCUGUCUUACACCCCCCAUUUUCCUUAUCGGCUUUCUCUUUUUCUACAUACCAGCAUUGAUUCCGUGCCCAUUUCUCUCCUUGUACAUAGUUUCGUUUCCCUUUCUGAUCUUGUUUUUCGGCCAUGGUACAACCCAUGUGCCCAUUCCUUAUAUCCGCAUGUUCUCAGCAAUUCUUGCAUCCUGUUGUGGUGGGUUCUUGAGCGGCGACUCCAUGGCGUAAAUAUGGCCAUGCGUCUAUUCCAAGCGCAGGCGUGACGAAGUGAGACGCUAUAUUUUUGACAUCAUGGGUAUACUAUCUUCCAUGUAUC